AUGGUCCACACUAUCAUUGCCCACUUCCACGCUCGCCCUGAAUCUGCCCAGGAGAUCAAGGAUAUCCUGAAAGAAGGCGCCGCUCUCUACGUCAAGGACAAGGGGACUAUCAACUGGUACGUCAUGCACGACCACGAAGAUAGCACCAAGUUCUAUGCCGUCGAGAGGUAUGAGAGUAGAGCAGCCGUCGAUGUCCACAUCAACAACCCUCAUUUCUGCGACUUCGUUGGUCCCCGUCUUGUCACUCCCAUGACCAUCACCCAGACCGAAGGAUUCUAG